CGAGGAGAAGAGGGAUACAGAAAGGGCAUUUGAAGGGAGGGUUGUGGCUAUUAUUAUUAAUAAUAAUACUAUUACUGUUUAUUAAUCUGUUUAUCCUAUUAUGCUUAUAUUAUUGAUGUACCCUGAUUGUUGUUUUUAUGAUUUUAAUAUUAAUAUUUUGUGAGCUGCUUUGAGUCCCAUGAGGGAGAAAAGUGGGAUAUAAAUAAAGGUUUAUUAUUAUUACAGUAGAGUCUCACUUGUCCAACAUAAACGGCACGGCAGAACGUUGGAUAAGUGAAAAUGUUGGAUAAUGACGGAUUAAGGAAAAGCCUAUUAAACACCAAAUUACAUUAUGAUUUUACAAAUUGAGCACCAAAACAUGAUGUUUGACAACAAAUCGACAGAAAAAGCAGUUCAAUACAUGGAUGCCCUCCUUCAACAGCCAGUGGCUGGAGAGGCAAGAAAGCCGUUUUUUGAAAGAUUUCGGCGCCUGGAAGAGCAGUUCCGCCGAUUCCAGGAGGUCACCCUCCUCCGUCUCCAAGAGAUUGCUGGGAACUAUAACGUCUCUUACAACAUCGAUGCCCGGUUCGAGCAGCUCUGGGACCGGCAGGAGGCCAUGGGGGCCGCAGCCAACGCCAGCCAGGCCAACAUGGAGGCCGAGCUCAACCAGCUGAAAUCCUGGGCCAAGAGGUUUCAGCGCAAAGCCAAGAAGCAGGAGGUGGAAAGGAGGGAACAGGAGAAGGAAGCUCAGAAGGAGCACGAGGCCUCUCUCUUAGCUAAUCUGACCCAAGCAGUGGCCCUUUGCAAUCAGGAGGGCCAGGCCAAGCUGGAAAGCCUCCAGAAAGUCAUCGAAGGGCUCCAGGAUGCCCUGAAAGUCCAAGGGAGCAAGAUAGACGGACUGGAGCGACAGCUGAAGGAGAGUGCUGACCACAAUGAGGUCCUCUUGCCCAGUCACUUGGCCGCAGCCCACCUUCUGAGCCAGGAGCCCCAGGCAGCCGGUGGCCAGAGACCCGCUUUGAGGAAGCUGCGGGCCAAGCACCGGCAAGGGGAGAAGCUGCAGCAGGAAAGCGUCCGGCUGGUGGCAGCUCAGAUGCAAAGUAAAGUGAUGGAGAGCGGGGCCCCUCUUGACCAGGAGGGAGCUCCAAAAGACAUGCCCCCAGAUCCAGAGGAGCCCCCUCGCCCGGGACCACAGCCAGCCGCCCAGAAUGAGAGGCAAAAGGCACCAGGAGCCACGCGGAGGCCAGGCACAAUCUGCAACGUGGGCUCCAUGCUCGUCUUCCCCAACAAUUCCACGGAGAGCUUUGCCUCCUUCGGGCCAUCCUUCCUCCCGGCUGCUCUGCUGGAGCUGAGCCUCUGUGGCUGGGUUCACACGGGGGCCGGCUACUUGGGCACGAUCCUGUCUUAUGCCACGGAGGAGAAUGACAACAAGUUGGUGCUCCAUGGCCGGGACGCGGCCCCCCGCAGCACCAUCCACUUUGUCAUCGGGGACCCCGCUUUCCGGGAGCUUCCUGUAGGGCGCCUCUUGGAUGGGGCCUGGCACCACUUCUGCGUCAUCUGGUCCUCCCUCCAGGGCCGCUACUGGUUCUACGUGGACCGGAGGGUGGUCUCGGUGGGCUCCCACUUCCGCAAGGGCUAUGAGAUCCCCUCGGGAGGGUCACUGAUCCUAGGCCAGGAGCAGGACAGCCUUGGAGGUGGGUUCGAAGCCUCCGAAUCAUUCGUGGGAUCCUUGGCAGGGCUGGCACUGUGGGACCGGGCUCUAACACCCGGGGAGGUCUCCGGAAUGGCGAUCGGGAACGGCGUUCCCCGAGGACCCCUCCUCACUUUGGCCAAUGUCUCCACGCUCCAUGGGUCAGUGAAGAAGGUGGAGUGCGCCUGCCUUGAACACUGCCUUUGAAAGAAAAAGGGACGUAUGGCAUGGGCCAAAAACCUCUAGGAUGCAGCUUCCAGGGGUCCCACAGAAACAAUCCUGCCAAAGCAGGCAUGAGCAAGGAUGUUUGGCCCCGAUCUUCUCAUCAUCUCUGAUCCAUGAAUGAUGCUCUCAUUUCCAUAUAUAUAUAUGUGUGUGUGUGUGUAGUUUUAAUUGGUCCAGAGUAUAUAAAGGGUUGCAAACAGGCUCAGACUAUAAAGGGUUGCAAACAGAGAAUGGCAAAAAUCCAAUUGCAUUACUAAGCGCUUCAUUUUUGAGUGUAGAAAAAAGUGUUGGACCAAGCACUCUUGUUUGCAGAAUAUGUAUGUGUGUGUGUGUAUUAAAUUGGAUGUAUAUUAAAUUGAAAGGUUCAGGUAAUGGGUGCCUCUACAUUAUAUAGAAUUUAUGCUAUUUGACCCCAUUUUAACUGCCAUGGCUCAAGUACUAUGCAAUUGUGAGCUCUGUAGUUUCAUACUGACUUUAGAAGUCAUAGCUAUUGGUUUUAAUUGGUUUUAACUUUGUUUCUAAAACCAUGAACAUGUAAUUCUAUUUUAAUGUUUGUAUAUUUAUAGGUUUUAUAUCAUUUUGACUGGUUUUACUGUAUGCUGCUUUGAGUCUCUUUUUUAGAGAGAUAGAGAGGUACAAAGAAAGAAGUAGAGGAAGAAGACAAUGGCAUGCGACUUGGACAUUUGUUGGAAAUAAUGCUUCUUUCAAGUGCCCUAAAUGCCCUUUUCUGAAGAAGUAACUGCAAAUAAUCGGGGGAGGGGAGGAAGUUUAAUGCAUCAAUAAAGUUACUUUAUUCCUCA